AUGGCCGAGUCUCAGGCGGAGACUGGCGUGGCUCGGUUGCGAGAAAGCCUCAUUGAGCGUGGCAGGAAGUUUGUCGAGGUAGCUGGAGUCAAGCACAGGUAUUAUGCAGGCCUGACUGUCGACACCAGAGACGAGAUCGAGAGCCAGGUCGUCAUCGAUUUCGAGGAGGCCUUGGGAUCCGAAAAGAACAAGAAGUGGUUGCCAGAAAUUACGCCACUCGUAGAUCUAGCAGCUGACCUCACAGAAAACCGGGAUUCCAGUAGCUGCACUGCGGAGUGUUGCUGGCAAGAAAACGUCCACAACGAUUCCUAUGUUGAAAACCAUCGCUGUAAGAAAUUCAUCAGUGACAUGAUGGACGAGAUCGAAGACAAUCCACGCAAAAUGCCUUCCGGAGCCAUCUAUCCCCGGCCUUUGGAAGAUACCAAGACGGAUGAAAACAAGCUAGAAGGACGAAGAGCUACUUAUAAUGUCGUAUCGAGUCUUCGGAUUUGCUUUGCGGGACCGGACGUGGGCUGGACCUAUCGAACCUUACCCCGGUCAAACACUUCUGCUGUCAAAGACGAUAUUAAUGAAGACGAUGACCUGGAUGAUGACGAAUCGGACAAGACUGCCUUCGGACGCCUUGUACUGCCCCGGGGCCACAAGAAGAUGGUUCUUUCGCUGAUCGCACAGCACUUCCGAAAUAAGGAGGCCCAGCAGGACAAAGAUGAGCAGGACGACAUUGUGCGUGGAAAAGGAAAGGGCUUAAUCAUCCUUCUCCAUGGUGCCCCAGGAGUGGGAAAGACAACAACUGCUGAGGGAGUUGCUGAGAGAUUCAGGAAGCCACUUUUCCAAAUCACCUGUGGUAAGAGAGACAUGAACUUGCGACUUCCACCUCGAGACAACAAACUGCGUUGCAAACGAAUUUGGCCCUUGCCAAACCGAUGGGGUUGCAUCCUCCUUCUCGAUGAAGCGGAUUUCUUCCUCGCGGAGAGACGGCACCAGAACUUCACUCGAAUUGGACUUGUAGCAGGUGAGCUAAUUCGCUCAUCUUGCCGUUCUGUCUUUCUUCGAGUGCUGGAAUAUUACGCAGGAAUUCUCUUCUUGACUACGAAUCGAAUUGGCGACUUCGACGAGGCUUUUGCCUCCCGAAUUCACAUGAACCUCCACUAUCCACCACAGAACAGCAUAUCUACCAUCAAAGUGGUCAAAUUAAACUUGGACUUAAUUGAAGGAAGGUACGAAAAGAAAGAGAGAAAAAAACCAAGAUCGAGGAGUUUGAAAUUCUCAAAAAAGUCGGCGAGUACUUCCGCCAGAUGGAACGGACGCCUGAUCCGCAAUGCAUGCCAGACGGCACUUGCCCUUGCCGAAUUUGACGCCCAGCCUUCGAACAAGAAGUAUGACCUGAGGGCACAAUACGGUACCAACGUCGUUCUAAGAGCGUCGCACCUGGAAGUCCUCUCCAAAGCAUACCUUGAGUUUAUGCGGUACCUCAAGGAGGUUCACGGUGCUGAUGCAGACACCCGCGCCAAGGAGUCGGGACUUCGGGCCCUCGAGUCCGUCAUUGCAGCUAUCAAUAUGGGCAAAGGCAGGAGAGGCAAGUCUUUGGAAAGAGAUGGCGACAACGACAGCCGUCAUCUUGACAAUUUCCGUCUCAAGAGACGUCUGCAGACCCAGACGCCGGGGUCCUCGUCCUUACAACCGGAAGAGAGUCAGUAG